UGGAGGCUUCCCCUGUUCCCCGAGGUGCGCCUUAGAUUUUCCGUAGCAACAACAUCGAGUAAGAACGGGACACGUAGCGGCAACACGCCAAACACAGAUGGGAACAAGAUAGCCAGCACUAGUGCACGACAUUGCUCCAGGCUCAAAGCCUCAAACCAGGCAGUAGCGCACCGCAUCGCACCCAAGCUAGACGAAAAUGGCUGCUCGUGGGAGGGCAAGGGCGGCGCCCCUCUGGCUCCUGGCCGCCGCAGCCUCGCUGCUCGUCGUGGCGGCGGCGGCUACCGGGCGCCCCGGCGCCAGCGGGUGCACGUCGGCGCUGGUGAGCCUGUCGCCGUGCGUGGACUACAUGAGCGGCAUCGGCAGCGAGGCGACGGCGCUUGGCCGGUGCUGCUCGCAGCUCAGGUCCGUAGCGCGGUCGAGGCCGCGGUGUCUCUGCGCCGCGCUCCGCGUCGACCGGACGCGCACGCUCAGCCUCCCCUCAGCGUGCAGCAUCCAGACAUGGGGCCGGCGCUGCAGCGUUCAGCAGUGAAGGAUGUUGAACAAGUAGCACAUUAGAUUAAUUUUUUUUGGGAUUAAUUUCAGUGUUCAGAACAAGCACACAGGCAGAGGCACACAGCAUUGUAAAGCGGGAAGCACUACUUGUACUCAGCAGAGACAUGAAAAGUGCAGAAACAGAGUUACACGCCUGGGCUAGAAUUGAUAAAAACAGUUCUGGGACCCCAAAAGUAUCUUGUGGUUUA